CGUGGGGGUGGCCCUGGGGGAGCUGGAGCAGGGUGGGGGAAGGACGCCCGGUUCUCGGGGAGAGUGGAGCAGCCCACUCAGCAAGCUCCCGGGGGUCCGCGCGGCCGCGCCCGUUCCCCUUCCCUCUCCCGCCGCCUGCUGCACUCGGGGAGGCAGCUCGGAGGAGCCCUUUCCGCUGGCCAGCCCGAGCGCGGCCGCUUUAAGGCGCGGGGCCCGCCCCCCGGCUCGAGGCGGGGUCGCGGUGGCCCCGCCCCCCACAAGUGGUCCCGCCCCCAGGGCCGCGCGGGCGCAUUGGCUGCGCGGCGCGCGGGUGGCGAACGGUGCUUUGAACUCGGAGCGGACGGCUACGCGGGCCGGGGUCCGGGACUGGGGUCGGGGUCCGAUCGGGGCCUGGGCCUGAGCCGGGGUCUGGGCGGCGCGAACCGGGGCCGGCAGCCGGCGCUCCUGGGCGUCCGCGGCGCGAGCCAUGGCGGCCGAGGCGCGCGUGUCGCGCUGGUACUUCGGGGGACUGGCCUCGUGCGGGGCCGCCUGCUGCACGCACCCGCUGGACCUGCUCAAGGUACAUCUGCAGACGCAGCAGGAGGUGAAGCUGCGCAUGACGGGCAUGGCGCUGCAGGUGGUGCGCUCCGACGGCGUCCUGGCGCUCUACAACGGCCUCAGCGCCUCCCUGUGCAGACAGAUGACUUACUCCCUGACUCGGUUUGCCAUCUAUGAGUCCGUGCGGGACCACGUGACCACGGGCAGCCAGGGACCCCUGCCUUUCUACAAGAAGGUGUUGCUGGGUUCCAUCAGCGGUUGCAUCGGAGGCUUCGUGGGGACCCCUGCAGAUAUGGUCAACGUCAGGAUGCAAAACGACGUGAAGCUGGAGCCCAGUCAGCGCCGAAACUACGCCCAUGCCUUGGAUGGCUUGUACCGCGUGGCCCGAGAAGAGGGUCUGAGGAAGCUGUUCUCUGGUGCGAGCAUGGCGGCCAGUCGCGGGAUGUUCGUCACCGUGGGCCAGGUGGGGCUUCUGCUGGCCCUGGGGUUCGGUCAGCCCAGGUGGUGUCACUGUGGGCCCCCAUUCGCUUUCCCCAGAGCUGGGGGCCCUCCUCCAGGCCCUGAUCACCCCUGCACGCCCGCAGCUGUCCUGCUACGAUCAGGCCAAGCAGCUGGUCCUCAGCACCGGGUACCUGGCCGACAACAUCUUCACUCACUUUGUCGCCAGCUUCAUCGCGGGUGGAUGUGCCACGGUCCUGUGUCAGCCCCUCGACGUCCUGAAGACCCGCCUGAUGAACUCCAAGGGCGAGUACAAGGGUGUGUUUCACUGCGCUGUAGAGACAGCAAAGCUCGGGCCGCUGGCCUUUUACAAGGGCCUCGUGCCUGCAGGCAUCCGCCUCAUGCCGCACACCGUGCUCACGUUUGUCUUCCUGGAACAGCUUCGCAAACACUUUGGCCUCAAAGUGCUCUCCUGACGGGGCCAAGGAGUGGGCUGAGCCAGGGCCAGCCCCCAGCGCCAGGCUCUUCCAGGGUCGGGGAGGGCCGUGGGCGAGCGCUGCUGCCCUGAGCCCAGCAUCUGCCCCCGCGCGCCCCGGCCUCCCUGGCCCUGGCCCCAGACCCCACCCUGUCCUUUCCCAGCAGGCUCGUUCCAGUGACCUUCGCCCCCUCCAUCUCCUACCUGCCCGCCCCAGCCUGUCCCCUGCACACUGCUGACUCACCCAGAGGGGAGGUAUCCAGGCCCCUGGUCCGGUUUUCUCUCCUCCCUGGGUAGCUGGUUAACACUGGAGGUGGGAGAGCUGGGCUGGGGCUUCUAGGGUCUGGGGUCCCCUGCGCCUUCUCCUUUGGCCCCUGAGGUUUCUUCAUUUCAUCGAGCAGCCGCCUGGGGCCCUCAACACCAUCUUCCAGCAGCUUCCAUGGAGGACCUGGGUGGCAGAGCAGUGGGGCGCAGACCCCCUGCAGUGCUUUACCAAAUUGUGUGUGUGCACAUGGCACUUUCAUCCGUGGAGAGGGACCACCGCUUUUCCGAAGUUCUCGAAGGCGGCCACGCUCUGGUAGCUCCAGGCCAGUGGGCAGAUGGCACCGUGCAGAAACCACGUGCCCAGGAGGGAGGUGACCACAUGGCCCGCGGGCGCCAGGUCCAGCCAGCCCCCGGUCGCUUUCACAAGUAGUUUCGCCAGAACCUCAGAGCCAGGAGGUCCUGCUGCCUUCAGGGAACGUGCGGUAUCGUGCACGGGGUCCACGCCUCCCCCUGCUCCCUGCACAGCCCCCUCUGCGCAGUGUCCCUCAGGGGCCCUCUCUGUGUGGACGGCAGCUGUCCACAAGGCCCCCCGCAGCCGAGACCCAGAUGUCAGCACCUGGGUUCUGUCCAAGCAGGCUGUCCUCCUGCAAGCGGGCCGGGGCCACGUCCAUCUGCCUCCCCAGGACCCCAGGGUACUGCACCCCCACCCCAGCAAGGGGUGUUCCGCAGGGACACUAAUAAAGGACCGUGAAGUGCUCUGA